GGGAGCAAGUGCCGGCCAUGGCCCCUCGGCGCCUCCUGUUGGUUGGGGAGGGGAAUUUUUCCUUCGCCGCUGCGCUGAGCGAGACCCUGGACGGGAGCACCCGUGUAACCGCCACCUGCCUGCAGCGCCCGGCCGACGUGGCCCGGGAUCCCGUGGCCCGGGAGAAUAUGCGGCGCCUGCGCGAGCGAGGUACUGAGAUACUUUUUUGUGUGGACUGCACCCAUCUGGCAGAUGCCUUGGAACUGCACCCCAGGGAGUUUGAUCGAAUUUAUUUUAAUUUUCCCCACUGUGGACGCAAAGCUGGAGUAGCUAAGAACAGGGAACUGCUUGCCAAGUUUUUCCAGAGCUGUAAAGAUGUUCUUGCAGAGGAAGGAGAAGUCCAUGUGGCAUUGUGUAGAGGACAAGGUGGGACUUCUGCUGAUAAGCCCAGGAGAGAAUGGCACAACAGCUGGCAGGUGGUUGCCAUGGCCGCUCUGGGAGGAUUCAUUUUAAGUGAGGUGCAUCCCUUCAGCUGUGAGUCUGUGCCAGGGUACAAGUGCACUGGAUAUAGGAGUCAAGAUAAGUCCUUUCAUGUAGAAGGUGCUUUGAACCAUAUCUUCACCCGGAGCUUACCCUUUGGGUGUUCACAACCCAGAACCUUCAGGAUCAAACUGGGUGACGGCUGGUUUUCCUUUCCAGAACCAGAAGCACUUGUAGGAAAGCUGAACAGAGGUUUCCUAGAAGCACCUUCCUGUCAUCCCAUCAAAACCAUUAAUGAGAAGCUCAUUGCUGAAUUGGGCAAAGCUUUCCCUCUAAAGAGGCUGAACUGUUCCUUUCCUUUACUGCCAGAGGGAAGUACCAAUGUUCUCACUUACUGGAACUGUGACAGUCUGUCGGCUGCCUUUUGGAUUAGUCUCUGUGAAGAUAACUCAAAUUCUGAGUCCCUGACUGGUGGGACAACACAAGACAUGAAGGACUUUCUAGUGUUAUUUUCAGAACUUAAUCUUCUCAAGGAUCCUGGAUUAGACAGCAAGGAAGAAGCUCAUGAAGAAAUCUAUGGCCAAAAUAAGGUGUGCCUUAGACCUUCUCUCUUAGUUCAUGUUCAGGCUGUCAUCCAAGCACCAGGCUUCUUCCCAGGUUCCCUACACGUCCUCAGUGGACCUGUCUUUCGGAAGUGCUUUAUCUUGCCUUUCACAAUGCCGGCAUUUCAUGAGAUUUUAUUUAUCCUUGGGUUUAAUAAAAAUCUGAAGGAUCAUUAUCUUCAGUCACUGCUGGAUCACCUGAAGGGCACUCUUGAUAGCCUUCUGACCCAGACAUUGCUGGAGGGCUCUAAGCUGAGCAGUUCAGUGGAAUUUGUCUUUCAACCAAAUGGGAAAGAUUAUUUUAUUUAUGUGAAGUCUCAUAAUUUUGGCCCAGAUUGUGCCAAGGAUCUGGUUAUUGGGUCUGUCACAUCUGCUACAAGCAUUAUACAAAAAGACCAGAGUUUUAUCUUUGUGUCUAUGAACUUGGACCUACUAACCAUGCUUGUCUGGGGUAUCUCAGACUGGAGGAUGUUGUGGACCUUUGAUCCCCGUUUCCUGAAGAAUUUUGUUCCUGGGAAAAUAGAACCCUUUAAAAGCUAUUCCCUGUAUCCUCCGUGCUAUGUGCAUGAUAUUAGUUUUUGGUUAGAUGAGAAGGAAGAAUUUGAUGAGCUAGAGUUUCACACAGUGGCCCGAGCAGUGUCCCAGGACACUGUCAUAUCCAUACAAUUCCUUAGUCGUUUCCAGCAUCCCAAGACUCAACAGGUCAGUCUCUGCUAUAGAUUGACAUAUCAGACCUGUGACAAGGCCCUCACUCGGCAGCAGGUGGCAUCAAUGCAAUUACAGUUUAGGAAAGAGAUUCAGCAAAGACUACAUGUAAUACCUCGGUAGUUUAAUAAAUUUACUUCUCCAGAGUAAUCUUUGUGGGUGUGAGUGCAGGUGCAGAUGAAAAAGACAAUUUGGGGACACUUGAGUGGCUCACUCAGUUAAGCAUCUGCUUUCAGCUCAGGUCAUGAUCCUGGGGUCCUGGGAUUGAGCCCAACGUGUUGUCUGGUUCCAUGUUCAGCAGAGAGUCUGCUGCUCCCUCUUCCUCUGCCCCUUCGCACUGCUUGUGUGCUCUCUCUCUCUCUAAUAAAAUCUUGUAGAAAAAAAAAAAAAAGAAAGAAAGAAAAGAAAACGACCAAUUUGUAACUGGUAAUUCUUUCCAGACUGUGUUUUUUGUAAAGUCUUUUACCUUGGUACUCUAGCCAAUGUUAGUUGACUCCAAAGAAACUUGGGGCUUUGUCACUUAAACUCAUAGACUGUGGUGGGAUUGGUGACCUAUGGAGUUGUACUGUAUUUUGAUCCUGAGUCAUGACUAGGAAAACAAAUAAAACAGCAUCCUGUAUUUUAGAUACUUUAUCCCUGAAGAUGCAAUAGAACUUCAGUGUCAUAUUUUUUCACACUGCCAAUUCCUCUUCUUUUAACCCUUUUGUGUUAUCUCACUAAAUCAAUUUCCAAGAGUGGUUUUUUGAGUCAGACCAACAUUUAUUAGCUUGGGUAAGUUGAAAGUGCUCCAUAAUUAGUAUUGGCAUCAUCAUGAUAAUAUUUACUCCAUGGUUGACUAUUGCUGAAGUCAUGGAAUGAAUUUAUGUCAGAUAUAGACUUCACACUUGGAUUUGUCUGACUCUAAAGCUCAUAUUUGGGAUCCUGGGUGGCUCAGGGGUUUAGUGCCUGCCUUCGGCUCAGGACGUGAUCCUGGAGUCCCAGAAUCAAGUCCCACAUCCGGCUCCCUGCAGGGAGCCUGCUUCUCCCUCUGCCUGUGUCUCUGGCUCUCUCUGUGUAUCUCUCAUGAAUAAAUAAAUAAAAUCUUAAAAAAAAAUAAAGCUCAUUUUUGGGGCAGCCUGGGUGGCUCAGCGGUUUAGCACCGCCUUCAGCCCAGGGCAUGAGCCUGGAGACCCGGGAUUGAGUCCCACAUCUGGCUCCCUGCAUGGAGCCUGCUUCUCCCUCUGCCUCUG